AUGGCCUCUAAUCCCCGUAAGCCGUUCGUUCGCCAGACCCGCUCAAUGACGCGCGCGGCUCAAGAAGCAGCUAACCUCCAAAUUGGAGACGCUCAAGAUGAUGCAGCGAAACCAUUCGAGCCGUCUGUCGUCGAACCGGAGCGAGGGGAUGAGCAGGAUUGCGCUGGAUGUACCAGGCCGAACAACGCCGAGCUGUACAUGGUGCGGUGUGAAAAGUGCGAGCUGUACUUCCACUUCUCGUGCGCGAACGUCACCACCGCAACCGUCAAUCAGCCGCCGUUUGUGUGCCGUACUUGCGUGCCCUUUCGGCCAAGAUCUACCCGUUCAUCGGGCUCCCAUGUGAGCAGUACUCGUUCGGCACGAAUUGCUCUAGAACUGCAGCAAAUGGAGGAGCAGUUCCGGAUCCAGGAAGCGCUUACGAAGGAACGACUCGCGCAGUUGGAGCGACAGUACCUGUACAGCUCGAAGAAGUACGCGCUUCUUCGGGAACAAGAAGAAGAUGGGGGACGUAGUGUCCGUAGCAGAGACAGCCGCGCUUCGACGAGCAGGGUUGAGAAGUGGAUCAAUGCUCAGGCUGAGACCGGGAACACCGGUCCAGGCGUCAACAAGGAGACGACCGAGUCUGACGAUCACGUCCAGCCACUGAGUGAGGACAAGGCCGAUAGUCUGCACGUGAAGUUCACGUCUACUCCGCUCGCUUCGCCAAAUGCUUCGUUCAACGAAUCGCCGUACGUUUCCCUCUCCAUUUCCUCGCUAUUGCCGGACAGUCUCGAGGAAAGCAGCGAAAAGUCGAUCCCUGAGGGACCCAAGGACCCCGGGCAGACCGCGGCUGAAAUUCCACCCAGCGAGGUUCCAGAACCACCUACCACCAUGGAAAGCAUGCUCAAGCUGCUGCAAAUCUCACUGGGGAAGCCGCAGAACACCGGUGCUAUCCCGAAGAUCCUCAAAGUCACCUCGACCGCUUUCGAGGAGUGGCGAAACAGCAUGCAGCGGAAGGAUCUCGACCCGAUUCCAGAAGAGCUGAGCGAAGAGACGAAGAAAAACGAGCAAAACUUGCUUGUGCUCCUUCAGCAGCUCGAGGAUCAGCGCGCCGAGGACCAGCAGUUGCAGCGCCAGCGGAAGAGCAGCUCAAACGCAAGCUGCAGCAGCAAGAACCAGGUGGAAGCAGAGCAGAAGGAAGAAAUGCAGCGUUUACUGCAGCAGCAACAACGCGAGCUGGCCGAGCAGAAGCGGGAGCUGAAACAGCGUCUCAAGGAGCAGAAGCAACAGCAAGCCAAGCAGCAAGAAGAGCUUGACCGUUUGCGAGAGCUCGAGAGGCUUCAAAAGCUGGCAGAAUCUCGGGACAAGAACCACUCGUCGGCGGCGGGCCGCAACGGCACGGUCGACAAAAGCCGAUCAACAGAAAGCACCACAGGAACAACAUCUGUACCACGCGUUGACGAUGACCUGCCACCUCCAUCUAACGAGCGAUCUCGCGCCUCUGCAAACUUUGGCAGUUCUUCCGUAAGGAGCUCUCGAUCUUCAUCUUCAAGGUCGUCUACUUUGACAACACCGUCGGUCGUACCUUCCGUUGAGUCAUUCCCCUCUCUCGUGCCGCCGCUGCCGGCACCGCCUCCGUACCAAGGACCGACUUCGCAGCAGAUUGCUGCACGUCAGGUUGUCAACAAGGAGCUCCCAGUCUUCACAGGGAAUCCUGUUGACUGGCCAAUCUUUAUCAGCAGUUAUAACCACUCUACGCUGACGUGCGGAUACACCGACAACGAGAACCUGUUGCGACUGCAGCGUGCGAUCCAGGGGAGGGCGAGAGAAGAAGUGAGCAGCCUGCUCCUCAAUCCGUCGACGAUACCGCAAUUGCUGACCUCUCUGAAGCUGCUGUACGGACGACCGGAGCAGAUCGUUCACACGAUGAUCGAGAAAGUACGCGCGACCCCCGCACCGAGAGCGGACAAGCUGGAGUCUCUCGUCUCGUUCGGUCUGGUGGUCCACAAUCUCUGUGGGCACUUGAAGGCUAUUGGCAUGGAGAAGCACCUGUCGAACCCCAUUUUGCUGCACGAGCUCGUUGCCAAGUUGCCUUCCAACGUAAUGUUCAACUGGGCACUCUACCAGGAGCAACUGCCAGUAGUGGACCUCAACGUGUUCGGCGACUACAUGUCGAAAAUAGCGACCGCUACCAGCGGCGUGACAUUGUUCGCUGCGAAGGCUGCCAAGGACGAUUUCCGGCCCAAGAAGGAGAAGGCGGCGUACGUCAACACGCACUCGACUGCCGAGCAAGGUCAGCGCAAGGGUGACGACGAGAUCAAGGAGAAGCCGACGGACCGUCCGUCUUCGAACAUCAAGGUGUGCCCGAUGUGCGACAACAGCGGCCAUUUGGCGGCCAACUGCUCGAAGUUCAGCAAACUUUGUCUCGACGACCGUUGGAAGCUGGUCAAGGAGAAAAGACUUUGUCGUCGCUGUCUGGUUGCCCACUCGCGCUGGCCGUGCAAAAGCGAUCCCUGCGGAGUCCAAGGUUGCCAGAAGAAGCAUCAUCCGCUGCUCCACUACGAACAAGCACCCACGGAAGCGAAGCGCAGCGAGCCCGCAACUAGCGGCGUAGUCGCACUGCACCGUCAACCGACGAUAUCAACAUUGUUCCGUAUGUUGCCCGUCACGUUGUACGGAAAGAAAGGGAAAGUAAACACGUUCGCCUUUCUCGAUGACGGCUCGUCGGUGACACUCCUGGAGCGGAAGUUGGCGGCAACCCUAGGCCUGGAAGGAAAGCAAGCAUCUCUGUGCAUCCACUGGACAUCCGGCAUCAAGAAGAACUUCUCGGAGACGCGGGAGGUUGAGCUGGAGAUUUCUGGCGCUGAUCGUCCGCAGCGGUUCGUCGCGUCGAACGUGUACACGGUGGACAAGCUCGGACUUCCGGAACAAACGAUGGACGUCGCGGCCAUGGCGGAGGAGUUCGCGUAUCUGCAGGACCUGCCGCUAUUGAGCUUGCAGUCUGCGGUUCCCGGAAUACUCAUCGGUCUGAACAACGUGCACCUGCUCGCAACACUGAAGCUGCGGGAAGGACGCAAAGGAGAACCGAUCGCUACCAAAACGCGUCUCGGUUGGACGGUCUACGGGAGUAUGCCGGCGGCUACACAGUCUUUUGCCCACCGCCAGUUCCACAUCUCCGAUGAACAAGCCGAAGUUGACCUGCACGAAUACGUCAAGAGCUUCUUUGCGGUUGAAAGCCUCGGAGUCAUGGCAGUACCGAGUGAGGAGAGCGUCGACGACCAGCGUGCCAACAAGAUUCUGUCCGAAACUACCAAACGAGACUACGUGGAGUUUCCGGAUAGCAGACCGAUGGCGGAGAAGCGGAUGAAGUGUUUGGAGCGACGCCUGGGACGAGAUCCGGCACUGUACGAUCAAGUACGAAAGCAGAUCGCGGACUUCCAGUCGAAAGGUUUCGCGCACAAGGCGACCGCUGCGGAACUGGACACCUUCGACCCUCGCCGGACCUGGUAUUUACCCCUCGGAGUAGUACUGAACCCAAAAAAGCCCGGCAAAGUGCGCGUGAUCUGGGACGCGGCUGCCAAGGUCGAUGGCGUGUCCCUGAAUACCAUGCUUUUGAAGGGGCCCGACCUGUUGACGCCGCUGCUGUCCGUGCUUUUCCAGUUCAGGGAGAGACAGGUCGCCAUCUGCGCAGACAUCGAAGCCAUGUUUCACCAGGUGAAGAUUCGGGAACCCGAUCGCAGCGCGCAGCUGUUCCUGUGGAGGGAUUCGCCGGACAAGCCGCUGGAAACCAUGGUGACCGACGUCGCUAUCUUUGGGGCGACGUGCUCCCCAGCCCACUCGCAGUACGUGAAAAAUCUCAACGCUAACGAACACGAAGCAGAUCACCCGAAGGCGGCAGCAGCGAUACGCAACAAGCACUACGUCGACGAUUACCUCGACAGUGUCGAUACGGCGGACGAAGCAGUUGCGAUGGCGCUAGAGGUAGCCGAGGUUCACGCGAAAGCCGGAUUCCACAUCCGGAACUGGAUCUCGAACGACAAAACCGUGCUGGCGCGGAUCGGAGCGGUCAACCCUACGACGGUCAAGAACUUCGUGAUCGAGAAGGAGAACGGAUUCGAGCGUCUGCUGGGAAUGGUGUGGCUGCCCGACGAAGACAUGUUCUCGUUCGCGCUGAGCCUGCGAGAGGACAACAUGAAGCUGCUGACUGGAGAGGUGGCGCCGACGAAGACCCAGCUGCUGAGCAUCGUGAUGAGCAUCUAUGACCCGAACGGGUUAGUCGCCGUCUUCGUCAUCCACGGAAAAAUACUCGUGCAGGACGUGUGGCGAUCCGGCGUCGGCUGGAAAGACAAAAUCCCGGAGAAGCUCAUCGGACGCUGGAAGCAGUGGAUCGCGCUGCUGCGCAAAAUCGAAACGGUGAGAGUUCCACGUUGCUAUUUCAAGGAUUACGAACCAGCCAGCCUGAAAACGUUGCAACUCCACAUGUUUGUCGACGCCAGCGAGCAAGCUUACUCCGCGAUGGCAUACUUUCGGCUAGAGGAUCGCGGCCAAGUCCGGUGCUCACUGGUGGCGACCAAAACGAAGGUCGCACCUCUACAGCCGCUUCCCAUCCCACGUCUCGAAGUUCAGUCGGGCGUAACUGGAUCGCGUUUGCGGAAGACCAUCGAGGACGGACACUCACUCCCUAUUUCGAAGGUCGUUUUCUGGUCGGACUCCAAGACGGCACUGCAGUGGAUCAGGUCAACCGACCUCCGCCGAUUUCGCCCGUAUGUGGCGUUCCGGGUCAACGAGAUCCUGUCACUGUCCAAGGCCGCCGAGUGGAGAUACUGUCCAUCGCGCAUGAACGUCGCUGACGAAGCUACGAAGUGGGGUAAAAAGGGACCAACUUUCGACCCCGACGCGCAAGUUUACGUCUGCCACAAGUUCAUUUACGAUCAGGAAGAAGACUGGCCCGAAGACUGCCUCGAGCGGGUUGAGGCAACGGAAGAACUCAGGUCAGCGUUCAUGUUCAGCCACUUCGUGGUCAUGCCCAUCAUUCGACUGGAGCUGUUUUCGCGAUGGGAACGCCUGCUGAGGAUGGUCGCCUACGUUCAUCGCUUUCUCGCGCGCAGACUAAAGCUGAAGCAGGAAACCUGUCCGGGCGCGCUGACACGUGAGGAGCUGCAGAAAGCAGAACGAAGCCUGUGGCGCUUGGCUCAAUCCGACGCUUAUCCGGACGAGGUCGCCACGCUGAACCAGAACCUGCUAGUGCCAGCCGAGAAACGGGAGUGUUUGGAGACGUCGAGCAGCAUUUUGAAGUUGUCCCCUCUGCUGGACGACAGCGGAGUGCUUCGAGCUGGAAGUCGCUUGGAGGCCGCCGAGUUCGCCGCGUUCGACGCCAAGUUUCCCGUGAUCCUCCCAAACAAACAUCGCGUGACCUGGCUGCUCGUGGACUCCUACCACCGAAGGUUUCGCCAUGCAAACAACGAGACGGUGGUCAACGAGAUCCGGCAGAAGUUCAACAUCCCAAAGCUGCGGGUCCUGAUCCGGCAGGUGGCAAACAAGUGCUGUUUCUGCCGCAUAAAAAAGGCCAUCGCGGUGGCACCCAUGAUGGCACCCCUUCCACGUGUGAGGUUGUCCCCUUUCGUGCGCCCGUUCACGUUCACGGGCGUGGACUACUUCGGCCCGGUCCUGAUCAAGGUUGGACGCAGUGCUGCGAAACGCUGGGUGGCGCUUUUCACCUGCUUGACGAUCCGCGCAGUUCACCUGGAGCUCGUCGCGAGCUUGUCAACGGACUCGUGCAAGAAGGCAAUCCGCCGGUUCAUCGCGCGACGUGGAGCGCCGCAGGAGAUAUACUCGGACAACGGUACGAAUUUCCAAGGAGCCAGCGGAGAGCUGUUGAAGGAAUUAGCCAAGGUCAACCACAAUGAACUCAGCAGUACAUUCACCGACAUCCACACCCAGUGGCGAUUCAACCCACCGGCCGCGCCGCACAUGGGUGGCUGCUGGGAACGAAUGGUAAGAUCCGUGAAGGCUGCACUGGGCGUAAUCCCGGUGGAACGCAAGCUGGAUGAGGAGUCGCUGGUCACCCUACUAGCGGAAGCGGAGCAUAUGGUAAACUCGCGCCCCCUGACUUUCGUGCCGCUGGAGAGCGCAGACAGCGAGUCCUUGACCCCCAACCAUUUUCUUAUGCUGAGUUCGAGCGGCGUUCAGCAGGCCGUCAAGGAUCGGGUGGGCGUAGGCGCGGCCAUCAAGAACAGCUGGAACAGUAUUCAGCACGCACUGGACGAGUUCUGGUGCCACUGGGUGAAGGAAUACCUGCCGACGAUCGCGAGAAGGACUAAAUGGUUCGAAGAGGUGAGACCAAUCAAGGAGGGCGAUAUCGUGCUUGUUGUGGACGAAGGACAUCGGAACGGGUGGUUGAGAGGACGCGUUGCAAGGACGUAUCCUGGUAAGGACGGCAGAACGUCACCCACCCACUGGUGA